AUGGAUGCAAAAACAAUAUCAACAUCAAAAAUUGCACAUAAAAAUGAGAGAAAUCAAUCGAUAAUUGUUGGAGUUAUGGUUUUGGUUUCGAUUCUUCUAGUAGGUGCUGUUAUGUUUUUGAUUCUUUUCAUCCAAUCAGAUGCUGGAUUGUGUGAAAAUCGAGAUUUGUAUUUGUCAAACAUCAAUAUUUUUUCAUGGAUUAUGUGUGGUGUUUAUGGUUUGCUUUGUUGGUUAUCAUGGUUGAUGUAUUCGAUAGCUGAUUCAAAAAUCGAAGCGAAACAGGAGGAAAAAAAUGGGAAAAAAUCCUCCGAUGUUUCAGCAAAUUCUAUGAAAUUAUGA